AUGCAAAACUUUUGGCGUAGCGGCGUGAAUUGGGAUGAUGCGAUUGGCGCUAAUGAACGAGAGGAGUGGCAAUCAUGGGGGCGAUUAUUACCUGAAAUAGAAAAUAUUCGUGUACCGCGAUGCUACUUGAAUGCCUGCACUAGUCACGAUAUUCAGCUGCACGUUUUCUGCGACGCAAGUGAAGCUGCUUACGCUGCGGUCGCCUAUUUAAGAGCAGACCAUAAGGGCGCUAUAAUUGGUCUUCGCAUUUCAAAACUCAUCAAGCAGGAAGUGACGCUGCCGGUGACCAAAACCAUAUUUUGGACGGACUCCAAAAAUGUCCUUCAUUGGAUUCGGUCAGACGCUCGGAGAUAUAAUCAAUUUGUGGCUCUCCGGGUAGGUGAGAUUUUGGAAUCGUCGAACCCCUUUGACUGGCGUUGGGUGCCAUCAGCUGAAAACGUAGCCGAUGAAGGCACAAAGUGUAAUCAACACACACGGAUGGAUGGUGAUUCGAGAUGGUUUCGUGCCCCCGAAUUUUUAGUUUUACCACCGAAAAUGUGGCCUGAAACGCACUUACCCGGCAACACAGAUCUUGAAGUACUACACCAUAUUCAAAUCGAGCCAACGUCGAACUCACCAUUAUCGGCGAUUAUGCCAAAAGCCGAGCGAUUUAUUAAAUGGGAAAAAUUUCGCGCUGCUCAAAGAAAUGUUCUGCAUUUCCUCCAAAGAUUGAUGCGGAAACCAGCACAAUCGAAGCAUCUACAGUUAGCCCUUUCGUGUCCCACAAUCGAAGGCGCUGAGAACCUGAUCAUUCUAAACUGCCAACUCGAAGCCUUUGGCGAAGAAAUCAACUGCUUACAACGAGGUUUAUGCAUAAUGCCGGAAUACUCCGCGUUAAAGGAAGAAUCGACGCAGCAGAAGGCAUUCAAUUUGAUGCGAAAAGGCCAAUUAACCUGCCAAGCAAAAGUCCUGUUACUACACUCAUCGUUGAUUUCUAUCAUAGUACCACCACUUACACAACGAAAUCGUUGUGAACGAAAUUCGCCAGAAAUAUUGGAUGAACGAUUUAAGGGCGUUGGUAUCGUCAAUUGGCAGGCGCUGAUACAAGUGCGUUACAGGCAACGCACAGCCGCGAGCACCGGAGAUGGGGUCUUUACCGCCAGAACGUCUUGCGUUGAACACACGUCCCUUCACAUAUAG